AUGUCUGACGAGGAGCACCAGUUCGAAUCCAAGGCCGAUGCUGGGGCUUCCAAGACCUACCCUCAGCUCAGCAGGCUGCAUGGUCAUGCAAAGUGCCACUUUUUUGCAAUUGAUAUUUUUAAUGGAAAGAAACUUGAAGAUAUUGUUCCUUCAUCCCACAACUGUGAUGUUCCUCAUGUCAACCGUACCGACUACCAGCUGAUUGAUAUCUCUGAAGAUGGUUUUGUGAGUCUUUUAACUGAAAAUGGAAACACCAAGGAUGAUCUGAGGCUUCCCACCGAUGAAAGUCUGCUUAGCCAGAUUAAAGAUGGGUUUGCUGAUGGAAAGGAUCUUGUGGUGACUGUCAUGUCUGCAAUGGGAGAGGAGCAGAUCUGUGCCCUCAAGGAUAUUGGUCCUAAGAACUAA